GCAAACCCGCGAGCGGCCGGGCUGCGCGGCUGCGGCUCUGACUCGGCGUGACAGGAGAAGUAAAAAGACAAACCCCACUGUGAGGGACCACCAGGUGGUGCCAGGAUAACGGAGUUGGAGUGACCUGGGUGAUUCUGAGUGAAUCAGUCAGGGAAGACUUCCUACAGGUCUUUGUUGUAAGAGGGUCCACUGGAAGUGUGUGACUACUCCGCUAUCUUGGCCCUGCCUCCUAAUCAAGCUCUCUUUCUUGAUGGAGUGGGAAGACUAAGGUCCCAAAGUGUGGUCACCACGACAUACAGAGCUAUUUCCAGGGUGGGCCCAGCACUUGGAGCUGACGCACCUGGGCCUCACUGAUUCCAGAGGAUGAGGCUCCUCCGCAGACGCCACAUGCCCCUGCGCCUCGCCAUGGUGGGCAGUGCCUUUGUGCUCUUCCUCUUCAUCCUGCAAAGGGACAUGAGCAAUAGGGAGCAGGUCACGGAGAAACCAUGGCUGAAGUCCCUGGUGAACCAGAAGGAUCACGUCCUGGACCUCAUGCUGGGGGCUGUGAACAACCUUAGAGAUUCGAUGCCCAAACUCCAGAUCAAGGCUCCAGAACCCCAGGAGACCAUGGUGUCCACAAACCAGUCCUGCCUCCCUGGGUUCUAUACCCUAGCUGAGCUGAAGCCCUUCUGGGAACGGCCACCACAGGACCCCAACAGUCCUGGGGCAGACGGAAAAGCAUUUCAGAAGAGCGAGUGGACCCCUCAAGAGACCCAAGAAAAAGAAGAGGGCUAUAAAAAGCACUGCUUCAAUGCCUUUGCCAGUGACCAGAUUUCCCUGCAGAGGGCGCUGGGGCCAGACACUCGACCCCCUGAGUGUUUGGAUCAGAAGUUCCGACGCUGCCCCCGACUGCCCACCACCAGUGUCAUCAUUGUGUUCCACAAUGAGGCCUGGUCCACGCUGCUGCGAACGGUGUACAGUGUCCUACACACUGCCCCUGCCAUCUUCCUGAAGGAGAUCAUACUGGUGGAUGAUGCCAGCACUGAAGAGUACUUAAAGGAGCAGCUGGAUCAGUACGUGAAGCAGCUGCAGAUCGUGAGGGUGGUGCGGCAGCAGGAGCGGAAAGGGUUAAUCACAGCCCGGCUGCUGGGGGCCAGCGUGGCACAGGCAGAGGUGCUCACAUUCCUGGAUGCCCACUGCGAGUGCUUCCAUGGCUGGCUGGAGCCCCUCCUGGCUCGCAUUGCUGAGGAUGAGACAGUAGUGGUGAGCCCAGACAUCGUCACCAUCGACUUGAACACUUUCCACUUCUCCAAGCCCGUCCAGACGGGCAGAGUCCAUAGCCGGGGCAACUUUGACUGGAGCCUGACCUUUGGCUGGGAAAUUCUCCCUCCACAUGAGAAGCAGAGGCGCAAGGAUGAGACCUACCCUAUCAAAUCCCCGACGUUUGCUGGUGGCCUCUUCUCCGUCUCCAAGUCCUACUUUGAGCACAUCGGUACCUAUGAUAAUCAGAUGGAGAUCUGGGGAGGGGAGAACGUGGAAAUGUCCUUUCGGGUGUGGCAGUGUGGCGGCCAGCUGGAGAUUAUCCCCUGCUCUGUGGUAGGCCACGUGUUCCGCACCAAGAGCCCCCACACUUUCCCCAAGGGCAUCAAUGUCAUUGCCCGCAACCAAGUGCGCCUGGCUGAGGUCUGGAUGGAUGGCUACAAGGAGAUUUUCUACCGGAGAAACCUGCAAGCAGCAAAGAUGGCUGAAGAGAAAUCCUUUGGUGACAUUUCGGAACGACUGAAGCUGAAGGAACAACUACACUGUCGCAACUUUUCCUGGUUCCUACACAAUGUCUACCCAGAGAUGUUUGUCCCUGACCUGAAGCCCACCUUCUAUGGAGCUAUCAAGAGCCUUGGGACCAAUCACUGCCUGGAUGUGGGAGAGAACAACCAUGGUGGGAAGCCCCUCAUCAUGUAUGUCUGCCACGGCCUCGGCGGCAACCAGUACUUUGAGUACACAACCCAGAGGGACCUUCGCCACAACAUUGCAAAGCAGCUGUGUCUACAUGCCAAUGAUGGCACUCUGGGCCUUAGGAACUGUCACUUCACUGGCAAAAAUAGCCAGGUCCCCAAAGAUGAGGAAUGGGAAUUAACCCAGGAUCAGCUCAUCAGAAACUCAGGAUCUGGUACCUGCCUGACAUCCAAGGAUAAGCAGCCAGCCAUGGCCCGCUGCAAUCCCAGUGAUCCCCACCAGCACUGGCUCUUCAUCUAGGCCCCCGGAUCACCCCCAGUAGGAGCCUCUACAGCCUCUCAGGAAACAGGAUUGCUGGUGUCUGGGAACCUGAUCAUCAGUGCCUUUGUAGGCCUUAAAGAUGGAUUUCUAAACCCAAUGAAUGUCAAGGCAGGAACUUUCUACUCCUUGCAAAAACACUGGGCCCAUUUUUUUUCUCCCACAUUGAUGGAAGGAUUUGGUCUAGGACUUUCCUUCUGUCCUAGAAACAGAGGCUUCCAAAGCAGACAAGGCAGCUAGGGCAGGGCUCAGGACAACAAUGCUGAACUCAAGAAAAUUACCUCUGCAGCAGCCUUGUGCCGAAUCCCUGGUCUCCCAGAGCACCCACAGAAUCUAAUGAAUAAUGUGUCCUAACAGAGGGAUUUUUGGAGUCCUGGUGGCACAGUGGUUAAGUGUUGGCUGCUAACCAAAAGGUCUGCAGUUCGAAUCCAUCAGCCAACCCUAUGGGACAGUUCUACUCUAUCCUAUAGGGUCGCUAUGAGUUGGAAUCGGCUCGAUAGCAACAGGUUUGGUUUGGUUUGGUUUUUUAACAGAGGGAUUGGAGGUCUUACUCAAAGUUUGUAGAACAGUUUAUGAUUUACAGAAAGCACCCUGAGCAAUGUCCAUUAUCUUACUUCAUCUGCACAAUAAUCCUUUGAGAAAGCCAGGCUAAGAAUCACCUUGCCCAUUUUACAGAUAAGAAAGCUAAGGCAGAGAGCUUAAAGGGGCUUGCCCACGGUCCCACAGCUAGUGGAUGGUGGAUCCGAGAUUGAGGCUUGAUCUUCAACUUGGAACCAGGGUUCCUUCCACCAUACCACAAGAACACUAGAUAACUAGCAGUCAGUCUUCCUGGUCCCUCUUCCCUCUACUUCUAAUUGUUUCCAGCUGGCUGGCCUUCAUAAAGCCUAGAACAAUGGAGACAGGUAGCCACGCUGGGAGAGACCUCAUUUGGGAAUCUUGGGAUGUUGGUGUUGAAAGAAAGCUCAUGGAGCCAGUAAUUGUUAAGUUUAAGUCCCACAACCCUUUUUUCAAAACUCUAUAUAAAGUAGAUAAAAGGCAAAAUAGCUAUGGGUGAAAUUGAGUGGGAGGGAAGUUCAAUGCCUACCAGCCCCUGAACUUCCAAGGGUCUGUAGGGCACAAUUUGAAAACCGUUGUUUUAGUCCAACUUUAUAAUUUUCAUGUUAUGAAACCGGAGCCAGAGAGGUGAAAUAAUUUGUCCAAGGCCACACAGCAAAGUAUUGGCAGAUCUGAAGCUAAAACCCAGGCCUCCUGAACAGGCAGACUAAUGAGAGCCCUGGGAAGUCUGAGGAAGCAGGGACAGUGUGCUGAGUCAAGCAUGACUGGGUGAACUCACAUGAAGUCCCCACAUGGAACAGACCUGACAUGCAUGCCAGCUCUUCUCCAAGCAAGUUGGAACCCACAGUGACCACAUCUGGGCCCCACUGCACAUGGCUUCUUUGCCUGAAGUAGAAAGCCCAGCUGCCUAGACAGGGCUGAGAUUCCAUACAGGAGGGUUUCUUUUGACUCAGUGGCAGACUGUCAUCUUGAGCAUUGCCACGUGAGGGUGCCAUCAGACAACGGCUGCCUUCUGUUACCACGCACCACAGAGGAAGGCCUUCUGGGGCCCUGAGAGCUGUCGGGACCCUAUAGAGGAGACAUUCUGGUGUAUCCCAGCCAAAGGGAGAGAAGAGCAUGGCCAGCAUGUGACCUGCGGUGGAGAAAGAACAGUUCUUCCCUGGAAGAGAAAACUAGACAUGGGAUCUCAGCGGGAAAUAAAGGUUUUAUGACAUUA